GUUUUGUAUCUUAAAAUAAUAUAAUCUCUGUAUUCUAUUGCAUUUCAUUUCUUAUCAUUGAAAAAUGAUUUGAAUUUAAUAACAUAAAAAUGACCCGUACAACGCAUGGGUGUGAUACUAGUAAAGAUUAUAGUAUUAUACAAUAUCCUAUCCUAUAUCCUAGGUAGGCAUGGCGCCGGUGGAAGAUAAGUUGCGGGAAGCGAGGUUGAGAUGGUUUGGGCAUGUGAGACGUCGGGAUGCUGAUGCCCCUGUACGGAGGUGCGAGAGGAUCAUGGUUAUCGGGGGAAGUAGAGGAAGGGGUAGACCUAGGAAGAAUUGGAAGGAGGUGAUUAGGCAGGAUUUAGGACUUCUCACCCUGACUGAGGAUAUGGCUUUAGAUAGGAACCUUUGGCGGACUAGGAUUAAAGUAGCUGAGUUAUUUGUUGAGUGUGGGGGUGAUUUAUAUCCUUCUGAUAGUAUGAAUGAUGUAUCUGUUGAAACAUUGGGCAACAAAUUAGCAGAUGUCGUGGAUGAAGAUGACAUGGCUUCAUUUGACAAUUGGGGGGCGAGUGUCGGAUCUUCUCUCUCGUCAAGUUCAUCACACCAUCCAUCUAAAAAGGCUUCCAUCAACUCCUACCCGACUGACUGCAAUCACUGCCGGAGAAAGCUCCACUCUGACCCCGAAGCCUUUCUGCAUCUCCAGCCAGGCGUGCUUUCUCCGACACGCGAUUUCUCCCAAAGAUUUCUAGACAUGUCAGUACAAUUGACUCCUUCUAAGAGACCACAUGAUCAAAGCAUUGCGGAAACAAAUGAAAGAGGGAAUUGGAAAAAAUCAGCUGGUUUAGGAUCAGAGAGAUCUCCAUUGAAGUCAUCUUCCCAAACCAAGUUAAUUCGUAUCCUAUGUCAUAUUUCAAGAAUCAGUUCGAUCGUGGGAGAAGAUGGCAGCACUCUUCCUGAAAUAGGCCAGGCAACUGGUGCGGAUGUCCAUGUUGAGGAUGCUGUCCCUGGAUGCAAUGAGAGAGUGGUUGUUAUUUUAAGUUCGGAGAAUAAAAAUGAAGCUGGAUCAGAGAAGCACAAGAUCAAAAUCAAGGAAACAGAUUCAAAGGAUAAUAAAAGUGAGAUGGAUGUGAAUGAUAGAAUUGGUCAAAACAAACAGUCUGAUCAGGUUGAUGAUUACAAAUUGAAAAACAAAGUUUCAAGUGUUCAGGAAGCUUUGGUGUUUUUAUUUGAAAGAAUGGCUAGUGAUGAUUUGGAGAAGGAUAUGCAAGAUGAAGACAAGAAAGGUUGUUCAUCUUUAACUGUAAGAUUUCUCAUAUUAAGCAGCCAAGUGAACUGCUUGUUGGGGAAAGGUGGUAGUGUAUUAACGCAGAUGUCCUCAGAGAGUGGGGCUGAUAUAAGCAUUCUUCCCAGGGACAAACUGCCUAGUUGUGCUUCUUCUUCUGAUGAACUUGUUCAGGUCUCUGGGCCAUAUAAUGCUGUUAAGAAAGCCCUUCGAUCUGUUAGUCAACAACUACUUGAGAGCAAUCCUGAGGGUGAAGAUACUUUGUCAGCAAAUCCAAAUGGCCCUUCUUCUCAUUCAAUUGGCCACCGUUCAUCUAGCCAUGAUUCACACCCUCGACCAAAUUUUCCUUUUCUUGGACAGAGACCACCUUAUUCUGAUGGAAAUCCUGAUGGUGAUGCUGGAUUUCCUGGGCAAGCAAAUCCUCCUCAGGAUGCCUUAACUUUCCGAUUACUCUGUCCUGAGGAAAGGGUAGGGGGCAUAAUUGGAAAAGGAGGAAGCAUUAUCAAGACAAUCCAACAUGAGACUGGCUGCGACAUCCAAAUUCUAGAAGGUGUAGCUAAAUCAGAAGAUCGUAUUAUUGCGAUAUCUGGUCCGGCGCAUCCACAGGAUAGGGUAUCUCCUCCACAAGAUGCACUGCUUCAUGUGCAGUCCAGAAUCUUUAGGGCUCUACCUGCAAUUAAGGACAACUCAAUGCUAGCAAGACUUCUUGUCUCCUCUAAUCAAAUUGGAUGUCUUCUAGGCAAAGGCGGUUCUAUUAUUGCUGAAAUGAGGAAGUCAACAGGUGCUUACAUUCGGAUUCUUGGGAAGGAACAAACACCGAAAUGUGCUUCAGAGAAUGAAGAAGUAGUUCAGGUAAAUGGAGAAUUUCAAAAAGUUCAAGAAGCCCUUUUUCAGAUAACAUCAAGAUUGCAGGAGCAUUUCUUUCGCAAUGCAUUUCCUCCUAUGAAUCAAUUAUCAGCUGCUCACUUUCUGGAUCAUAUGCCUCCUUUCCCCCCUUCGCACAACGGAAGGGGGGGACUUUCUCCACCGGGAAUGUAUCCAAGUAUGGGCCCACCAUCGUUUCACCGAUUUGAUGCGAUUGGAGGCUUGCCUCCACGUGGUGACUUCCAUCCUCAUGACGACCGUCCUCCCUUAAUCUCUAAUUUUCACAGGCCAGGUUUCCCUCCCAUUUCAGAAACGAUGCUAUCAUCUGGACCUUGGGUUCCACAGGGACCGAUUGAUGGUGGCGGUCCAACAGGCUUGCCUCUUAAGAAAAGAAUUGGUGGAUUUGCCGGGGGAAGUCCAGCUAUAAUCACUAAUACCAAGGUGGAAGUGGUUGUUCCUCGUUCAGCUGUUCCGGAAAUAUAUGGGGAUGAUGGGGGGUGUCUCAGACAAAUAUGUGAGAUAUCUGAUGCAAAAGUUACCAUUAAUGAUCCCAAGCCGGGAGCAACAGAGACUAUGAUUAUUAUAUCUGGAACCCCUGAGCAAACAAACGCUGCACAGUCUCUUAUUCAAGCAUUUGUUAUGCUUGAUUCUCAAGCAUGAUAAAUUCUUGUUUGCAUCAAGUUCUAGCAGAGCUGAUAAACGGGAUUGUUCAAUCAGUGAAAUGUAUGGAAAUUUGCUGGCUUAAAACCUGAAAGGUGGAGAUGAGGAUGCUUUUGAAUAGUAAUAUUUGGUCGAAUAUGAUGAAUUGCCAGGAAGGGGAUGGAUGGAGGGUGUAGAAUCAGGCUGUAGUUUGUCCCACAACUCUUCACUAAAACAUCUAACAUAUUAUCGUUCUCUAAAUUUUUCUAUGGAGCCCAAGAUUAGAGACCAUUUUGUUUGAGGAAUUUGUACCCCAAAACUGUAUUUUGAUGAUGAUCUUAUGACACCCUUUUUACCUCCCCAUGCGUUUGUGUAUGAGCAAUAUUGGUAGGUAUGCAAUUACUCAUAGUAGGCUCUUAUCAAUACAGCCAUACCCAUCGGAAUGAGUACUUGAGAAUUUUUGUUUUUACGAUGUUCAUCAUGAUUAGAAAUAGCAAAUCGGUCAUUUACAUCUGGUUUGGUCACUUUUGAUUUGAGUUGCAUUGCAGAUAAGCUUGGGUUUGGAUUGAAAAUCACAUCUUCAUGAUUCAAUGUCAUUGGAUUAAAAGAAAUACGGUGGUUGAGGGAGGAGACUCCUAUAAAAGAGAAGAGUCUCAACUUGAGAAAGGUAUUUGUAAUUGAAUAAGAGAAAGAAUAUAUUGAGCAAUAAAAGGAUAUUCUGACAAUCCAUCCUUUUGAGUUAAUCUUUUCCGAGAGGAAAAAAUUAAUAUUAUGCCAAAAACAGAUGUUGACAACUGUUUUUUAGGAGUCUCGUAGUGCCGAUUUUAGUAGUCUUCUGAGCAGCAGUGUGAUAGAUUGACAGACUUUUGUUGAAAAAAUGGUUGUAUAAAGCGGUUGACGAUAUUGGUUUUUUGUUGAAAAAAUGGUUGUAUAAAGCGGUUGACUUUUG